AUGAAGCCAUUCCUCUUUCCACUGCUUGGUGGCUUUGCUUUUAUGCUCCUCCUAGUUCAUGCCCAGGAUGAUCAAACAGGCUUUAUUAGCAUAGACUGUGGCCUUGCAGAAAAUACCAGCUAUACAGAAAAGAUGACAGGAAUUAACUACAUUUCAGACGAAACCUUCAUAAGCACCGGUGAAAAUAACGUCGUAUUGCAAGAGUACAGAAAUAAGUAUCAAGAGCCCUACAUGUCUCUUAGGAGUUUCCCUGGAGGGAUCAGGAACUGCUACAAAAUCAAUGUCACAAAUGGCACCAAAUAUUUGAUCAGAUCAAGUUUCAAAUAUGGGAACUAUGAUAGGCAGAAUAUAUUGCCAGAAUUCGACUUGCAACUUGGAACUAAUGUUUGGGAUUUGGUGAAGAACUUGUCCUCCAGCGGAUUAACAGGGGAGAUAGCUCCUUAUAUAUCCAAUCUCACCAUGAUCCACAUUUUAGAUUUAUCAAACAACAAUUUAACUGGAUCAAUCCCAGACUUUUUGUCUCGACUGCGUAAGUUAAUGGUCCUCAACUUGGAGAAAAACAAACUCACUGGUUCAGUUCCCGUAGGACUCAUUCAGAAGAGGAAGGAUGAACGCUUUACAUACCCAGAGAUUGUGGAGAUUACCAGUAAUUUUAAAUCAAUAAUUGGAAGAGGCGGAUUCGGAGAAGUCUACUUUGGCACUCUGCAAAAUCAGACUCAAGUUGCUGUCAAGUUACUGAUUUCAUCGUCAACACAGGGCUCAAAAGAAUUUGAAAAUGAGGUUAAACUGUUGAUGAGAGCUCAUCAUAGAAACUUGGUUGCUCUGGUUGGGUACUGUGAUGAAGGGGAGACUAUGGCAUUAGUUUAUAAUUUCGUUGCUAAUGGAAAUUUGCAACAGCGUUUAUCAGCUGAUGUAACUUUACACGUUUUGACCUGGAAGGAGAGACUUCAAAUUGCAGUUGAUGCAGCACGAGGACUGGAUUAUCUACACAAUGGCUGCAAGCCAUCAAUAGUACAUAGAGAUCUAAAGACUUCAAAUAUCUUGCUAAAUGAAAAUCUUCACGCCAUGACAGCCGAUUUCGGUCUUUCUAAAGUUUUUGCAACUGAAAGUGCCACUCAUGUAUCAACUGACCCUAAAGGAACAUUUGGGUACCUUGAUCCUCAAUAUUACUACACAGGAAAGCUGAAAAAAAGGAGUGAUAUAUACAGCUUUGGGAUUGUGUUGCUAGAGCUAAUAACUGGGACCUACAACACCUCUUCUGCUUGGAAAGCUCUACAAAUUGCCAUGGCAUGUGUGUCUUUAAAAGCAAUCCAAAGGCCUGAUAUAACUUUUAUCUAUAAGGACUUGAAGGAAUGCUUGGAAAUUGAGAUGUCCUCUGGAAGAGCACAAAUUGUAGGGAACGAUGAUACAAGUUCAAGCAGCUCAAUUAGAAUGGCCUCCCAAAUUGAGUCAGAAACUAGUUCAAGCAGCCCAGUUAUUAUCUCUAUAUAG